GCCCCCAACCCUUGACCCUUGACCCUCCUGCCACAGCGAUGAGCUUGGCGGUGCACACCCUGGUCUGCCUGCUGGGCACCGGCUCUUGGGUGGCCAUCAACGGCAUGUGGGUGGAGCUGCCCCUCAUCGUGCCCAGCGCCCCGGAGGGCUGGUUCCUGCCGUCCUGCCUGACCGUCAUCACCCAGCUGGCCAACGUGGGGCCCCUGGCCGUCACCCUGGCGCACCGAUUCCUCCCGGGGCGGCUCAGCGAAGUAGGCAUCAUCUACGGCAUCCUCUCCCUCGGCUCCCUGGCCUGCCUGCUGCUGGCCUUCUUCUGGGGGGAGACCAGCGUGGUGGGGGGCUCCCCCCACAGCGUGGCCCUCCUCUGCCUCUUCUUCCUCCUGGCCCUGGUGGACUGCACCUCCUCCGUCACCUUCCUGCCCUACAUGCGGAGGCUGCGGGCGACCUACCUCAGCACCUACUUUGUGGGCGAGGGGCUGAGCGGCCUCCUGCCAGGGCUGGUGGCGCUGGGGCAGGGGGUGGGCACGCUCCGCUGUGUCAACGGGAGCCGGCAGGGCAACGGCACAGGCCUGCGGGCGGAGUACCAGCCGGCCCGCUUCUCGGCCACUGCCUUCUUCCUCUUCCUCUGUGCCAUGACGGCCUCUUGCCUGGCUUCCUUCCUCCUCCUCAACCACCUGCCAGCCGCCAAGCGGGAGCAGGCCAAGGAAAAGUACCGGGUGCGAGUCCAGAUGGAGGCGGCGGGCGGCGGGCGCGCCACGGUGGAGGAACGGCCCAGGCUCAGCGACCCCGCGGGCAGCCUCUUCAGAUCCGGGACCUACUCCUGGCACCAGGUAGCCUACAUCUUUGGGCUUCUGGGCUGGGUGAACGCCCUGACCAAUGGCGUCCUCCCUGCGGUGCAAUCUUACUCCUGCCUGCCCUAUGGAAACACCACGUACCACCUCUCUGCCACGCUGGCUGCCUUGGCCAACCCCCUCGCCUGCCUCCUGGGGAUGUACCUGCCCAACAGAUCCUUGAUGGUCAUGGGAGUCUUGUCCUUUGCCGGAUCCCUGUUUGCUUGCUACAUCAUGGCCAUGGCGGUGCUCAGCCCUUGCCCGCUUCUGCUGCAUGGAUCCCAUGGAGUGGUCCUCAUUAUCCUGUGCUGGGUGCUCUUCGUGGGCCUUCUCUCCUACGUCAAGCUGAUGAUCGGGGUGGUCUUGCGGGAUGAGGGGCACAGCGCCCUGGUCUGGUGCGGGGCGAUGGUGCAGCUGGGCUCCAUGCUGGGCGCCCUCCUCAUGUUCCCCUUGGUCAACGUCUACAACCUCUUCCGCUCCGGAGACCCUUGCAACACCAGGUGCCCUGUCUAGAGGGGUCUCAGAGGCCCCACAACCUCUGGCCAAAACCGCCUAUGAGCCAAGGAUGGUCGCGCAAUCUCAACAACCCAGAGGGAACUUGGCGCACAGUGUCUAGAACCCUGCACAGGUGCAUCGGAUCGGCUGGACCUGCGACACAGGGCUUUGUACCUGGGGAGAUGCUCUAACUGUACCCACCCCCAUGACGGUUGCAAUUGCUGCGUGGAAAUGUGCUUGCAGAAGUGUCGCGGGCACAGAUGGUGCAUCGUUUGCUGAGCCAACUCAUGCGCAAGAGCAGCCAGACCAGCCUAUUCCUCUCACUGUGCACAUGCCUGUGUUAUGCAUUCCAGCCAAGAUUUUUGGAAUCACGGAGGGGGAUGUUUGCUGUAUUCCGUUUCCCUUUGUGUGUUUUUUCUUUGGACUUCUCUCAGCGAGAGGAGACAUGUUUUUCUUUUGUUCUGCCUUACGCUUAAUAAAGUACCUUUUAGUG